AGAUUGAUUGGAGAAGGUGCAUUAUUCACUUCCGAAUGGAUACUUACAUUUGUUAUGACAGCUAAUCUCCAUCCCAGUCUCGCAACAUGGUCAAGUUUCUUGCUUUUGGGAAAAGAUUGAAGAAUGGUUCAUAAAGCUGAUUUAGUUAUUAUUGGGAUCUGUGUCGGUGUGGCUUUUGGAAUUCUCAUUGCAUCACUUGUGUUUUUUGGAAUUCGGUGGUACAAAAGACGUGCUCGUCUUCAGCGCCAAGCAAAUGAGCGAUGUGUAGCAACUCUUCCAAUACGGACGAAUGGACUCAAUACAAGCGUUGAUUUUAGUGCAUCUCUGUCAAGUUCUGUUGCUAUUAAGACAUCAGGAUUUCCGGCCACAAAUUCACAGACCAGUUGGUGGAGUCACCCUAGUAAAGAUCACUUUGCUUCAGCAUCUGGGAUACCAAGAUACUCUUACAAGGACAUUCAGAAAGCUACUCAAAACUUUACAACCAUACUGGGUCAGGGGUCUUUCGGCCCAGUGUACAAAGCUACAAUGCCUGCUGGUGGAGUGGUUGCUGUGAAAGUUCUUGCUACGGACUCAAAACAAGGAGAAAAGGAGUUCUUUACAGAGGUGUGGAUUGCUUGUUAACUCUUUCCCACGAAA